CACGAUCCAUAGGGGCGUCAGAGAUCGUUUUCUCCGAUCUACCAAAAAUUUUAGACGAACCCAGGUCAGGUUUUCCUUUCUGCAAGUGCAAACUCCCGUUUUGUUCUUUUCACAUUCGCGGCCUCAGGCUUCGGUAGCUACUGCGAUGGCCCUUCUUGCCGGCCGAGCCCUCAAAUAAACUGUCCGAUCCCAACUCGUUUAUGCGGUUCUGAAAUCAGCAAUCCGCAUAUCUGUGAAAGCCUUCUUGAAGAUGGGAAAUGCAAGUGGAAAAGAGGAGGGAGAGAAUGGAAGUGAGGAUCUGUUAGGGCGAUCCGAUGGAAAAUCAGCUUACCACGAUGAUUUUUCGGUGAACUCCUACAGUCCAGCAAGAGCUAAUUCGGUGGAUUCAAUGGGGAACUCACCACCACCAAGCCCAGGUCGUUUUCGAUCUCCGCUUAUGUUUGCUCCUCAGGCUCCUGUGGCUCCCUUACAAAGAGGUGAUGCUUCGCCGGUUUUCAAUCAACUGUGGCUGAAUGAAUCUCAUGGAGAUCUUGAUCUAUCACCUGAGAAAGGUAUCCCCACCAUGAUCACAUGGACCUACGGUGGUAACAAUGUGGCUGUGGAGGGAUCUUGGGACAACUGGGCACAAAGGAAGAUGUUGCAAAAAUCAGGUAAAGAUCAUUCUAUUCUAUUGGUGCUGCCAUCAGGUAUAUACCAGUACAAGUUCAUUGUGGAUGGUGAGUGGAGAUAUAUUCCUGAUCUUCCGUGCAUUGCUGAUGAGACGGGCAAUGUUUGUAACCUUCUUGAUGUGCAUGAUUAUGUUCCAGAGAACCCAGAAAGUGUAGCGGAGUUUGAACCCCCAUCAUCACCAGACUCCAGCUACACUCAGGUUUUUCCUGGGGACGAAGACUUUGCGAAGGAGCCUGUUGCUGUUCCUCCCCAGAUGCACCUCACAGUCCUGGGGAUGCCAAACUCUGCUGAAUCCUCCUCCACAAAUACAAAACCCCAGCAUGUUGUUCUCAACCACCUGUUCAUAGAGAAAGGAUGGGCUUCUCAGUCCCUUGUUGCUCUUGGAUUGACCCAUAGGUUUCAGUCCAAGUAUGUCACUGUUGUCCUCUACAAGCCUCUUAGAAGGUAAAGGGAGCCGGCAUCCAUUUAAUAAACUUCCUGCUGCCUGAUAUCUGUUGUCUGUACAGAGGAGUUUUGUAGUCUUUGUUUGGAGUGAUAUUCUGGUAAUAGAAUGAACUUUUUUCCCCCUUUAGCCA